AAAUUGGAUUGUUUUGAUUUUCUUCAGCUGUUCACUAUUAUACAACAGUCACGAAACACGAAAACAGUUGUACAAAAAUUUAAUAGAUCAUAAACAGUUUAUUAUUACUAGAAGUAGCCUUUGAAAUGCUUCCUACACGGUUCUUUUUUCGAGGAUAUAGUAAACAGUUGCUUCAUCAAGUGAACAUCCAAGUUGCGAGCCUAUCAUGCAGCAGAACCGGUGUUAUUCAACGUGUACAGGCAGAUCGACAGUUUUGUUCAAAUGCUCCUACAGACAAUCAGAUUUAUCACGGUGUACUUUCGCCGCAAAUUCGAGCAGUCAAGGUAUUUUCUUUAGUCACCAGUAUUGGUGGAAUUGUGGCCCAACCGAUACUGCUAGAUCAGGCGAAUAAAAUUGGCGGAACACCGAUGAUAGUCGCAGUUUGUGGCAUUGCCGGAUUUUUCACAUUCGUGACACCGUUUCUGCUUCAUCUAAUUACGAAACGAUAUGUAAUUGAUCUGCAUUAUGAUGUGCUCAAUAAGGAAUACACGGCUACUACUAUCACGUUUCUACUGCAACGACAAACGACCAAGUUUAAACUGGAAGAUGUUGUUGUACCGGAAGUACCCGGUAUGUUUACCACAUUCAUAGUAGGAAACAAAUCACUGUUCGUAGAUCCGACGCUGUUCCCGGAUCCAACGCACUACAUAAAAAUCAUGGGAUAUGACAAACCGAUUGAUUUUAAAUUUGAAGAAGCGCGACAAGGCUCUGAGUCCGAAAGUAAAAAAUAAAGCUUUAAUUUUAGGUAAAUAAAAUUAUUGAAAAAAAA